AUGCUCGCCAAGAUCUCUCGCAGCGACAUCCCCUCUGAUGAGGUGGUGGGCUUCCCCACCACAGUGCCCGAUGACACGGAGGGUACUCUGAUGGAGAAGUGGUGGCCAUAUCUCUAUGUGGUCGAUGGAUGUGUGCCCUUCCCUGCCGUCGAUGCUGAGGGCGAUACUAGCGCCGGUCUCUCUCCUACAGGAGACUCCGAUGGGGACUGCAGCUCCUCCACGGGGCAGGUUUACGCCCGCGCUGAGACCUACGGCGACUACUACUCCAUCAUGUACUCCUGGUUCAUGCCCAAGGACGAGCCUAACCUGCUCGAGGGCCUCCUGGGCAUCGGACACCGCUACGACUGGGAGAACGUCGUUAUCGUCCUGACCAGCGAGAGCACUGACGCCACCCUGGUGGGCAUGGCCGCCUCCUACCACGGAGAUUACAACGUGUGCACCGGCACCGGCUGCGACGAAUACCUGGACGGCACCAACCCUCUCAUCCAGUACUACUCGGCGAGUCUCAUUCUGGACCACUCCCUGGGCUUCACAACCACCGUCGGCGGCACACAGCCUCUGAUCUCAUGGGACGAGCUGCCCACCGUCGCACAGGAGGCCUUGACCGACAAGGACUGGGGCUCCGCUAUUGUACCCUUCCUCGACUCCGAUUUCGAGAGCUACCUGGAGGAGGCCUACGGAUAUCUUGACAUCUAA